UGCACGCUGACGUUGAAAGAGGGAGGGAAGGGAAGGGAUGGAGUUCGUCAAGAAACCUUGUUCGUAGUCGUAGUCUGUAGCCAGCCUUAAUACAAAGCUUUCUAGAAAGCAAAAGGAAAUUACGAAAGCUUCAGGAUUAGUUGGUUGAAAUUGGGGGAUUUCCUUAUUCUUCUAUUUUUUUUUUUUUUUCAGUUCUUGGCUUCUUGCCCAACCUUCCUGGAAAAUGAUUGAAAGUCAUUCGGAAACUUCAAGCAAGUUGUGGUGACGGGGUGAUCGCCAUAAAUGAUUACGACUUCAUUCCAGGAUCUCCUUGCUUUACGCUAAUAAUCUCCUCUUUGCAAACAAUAGAUAAGAACAAUAGCAAUAAACAAUUGUAAAAGUUGUGAAGGGAUAUUGGAGUUCUUUGAUAAUUUUUUUAUCAAAUUGCAAAAUUCUUGCUUUAUCUUCACGGUCUAGAAGGAAUUGAUUGGCCUAGGAAUGCCUUACUUCAGAUUCACUUGCAAAACGGAUGAUGGAGACUCCUUCAUCGCAGAUCUGCAAAGAAGGAAAUCUCAAGUUGACGGUGUUCCAAGAACAUCAGUUGAAGUUGGAAGCAGCUCGUCCAUGUCUAGCACCAAUCAUAAAACAGGUGAGAGUUCUUGUUUAGCAACUCUCACAUCGAAUUAUGCAAAGCUUCCUGAUCAUCUCAAACGCUGCUUUGAUUACUGCUGUAUCUCCAUUAGAUACUUUAUGGAGAAGGGAAAACUAGUUCGGCUUUUGUUGGCUGAAGGUCUAAUACAAGAAAAACCAGGGGAUAUCAUGGAGGAUAUAGCAGCAAACAUUAUCAGAGAGUUAAUUGCCUUGGGAAUGCUUCAUCAAGAAAGAAAUGGGACUGAACUAAAAGUACCUAGCAUGUAUCGCCAGGUUUCUCUUAUUAAAUCGGAGAAACAAGAUUUUUUAGCUAAUGCUGCAAAUUCACCUUUGCGUGUGGUGAUCUAUGAUGAUGGUAAAGACAUCACUUCUAACUUCAAAAGCCUUAUAAUUCGAUCUUUGUUUGUGAUUACUGCUGAACGCUGUUCAUCAUCCUUUGGAGCUACGAGAACGAGAGGCGUUUCUCGAGCUUCUGUGGAAACAUUUUGUGGGUUGCAAUUUCUGUUGGUGUUGGAUUUGGAUGGUGAGGUAGAGUAUUUACCCAAUGAAGUAGGAGAUUUGGUUCAUCUGAGAUAUUUAGGCUUGGUUAACUCAGAACUCAAUGAGCUUCCACAGACCUUAGGUAAUCUUCAAAAGCUGCAAACUUUGGAUAUAAGAAUGUGUGGAAAACUGCAUGGACUACCGAUAGGAGUUCUAAGUAUUCAAAAUUUGAGGCACCUUCUAAUGUCCAGAUGCAUCAAUGAUGGUGAAAUUAGAGUCCCAAAGGGGAUUGGAACAUUGGCCAAUCUUUACACUUGCACUGGUGUGUAUGCUGGAGAUGGCAUUGCUAGUGAAUUAGGCACCUUAACCCAACUAAGAGAACUUGGUGUUAAGCGUGUCAGUGAAGAGCAUGCCAGUGAGCUAUACGCUGCCAUAAUGAAGAUGAAAAACCUCAUCUCCUUGUCACUUGAAGCAGAGACAGCCUACACUGAUGAAGAUGAAAGACUAGCACUUUUUCCUGAAUUUGAAUUAUUUUCCCCUCCGCCACUUGUUCAAGAGCUUUGUUUAGAUGGUGGCCUAGUUGAAAUGCCCGUUUGGCUUGCCUCCAUGUCUAACCUCACCAGGUUAGAAUUAUAUUUUUCUAAUCUGACAGAGCCGCCGUCUACAGUCCUUCAGUUUCUUCCCAAAUUAAGACAUCUUAGUCUCCAUGAUGCCUAUAGAGCAAGGUGCAUUGAUAAGGAGUUUUGCCAAGAAGGUGGUUUCCCAGAGUUGCAAACUCUUAAUAUUACUUCUACUUUUUUGGUGGAUUGGACUGAGAUAGUAAAUGGAGCUUUUCCAAGGUUAAGGAGUCUCAGUUUUAAUUGUUCAAUGUUGAGGUUUCUUCCUGAAGGUUUGCAAAACAUCUCUACACUUGAAGAACUCUCCUUGAUUCCUUUGCACGGAGACCUUGCAAGGCGAUUGAAUAGUGUAGAGAAUUACAAGAUCAAUCACAUCUUAAAACUCGAGGCUUCCUUUCACUACCAACGGUUUCCCUGGAUUGCUUAUGUGGGUAGUCCACAUGCUGUGUUGAAACAAGCUUGAUUAUUCCUAACUAGAAUGUUUUUCAGGUGUGUUAAUGAAAACGCUAAUGAUAAGAUAUAUCUCAGGUGUGUCUACGACGAAGAAUGCUCCUUUGAGCAUCCAGUAGAGUGAGGGAGCAGUGUGUAGGAGAGCCAAGAUUUUCGCAACCAUCGCAUACGAUGUUGGUCUAAUGACUUUGGUUGCUAAGGUGGCUUUCCAUGUAUUUAGCAGCAAAUUUCUCAAGCUUGUAUUGUCUUGUAUUAGUCGUAUAGAAAGGGAGCUGCUGUGAGAGAAGAGGGUUGGAAAGAAUUUGUUGUAAGAAUUACAUGUUGAAAAUGAAAAGGAAGAAAUAAUAUCUUGUUAGUUCAGUUGCUGUUUUUA